CACAGGAAACCCACUGAAAGUAUGUGGACACAGAGGUUCCCCAGGCAGGACAGACUGGAGGGAAACUUGUUGCUCCAGGGGCAGACAGUAGUCUGAUGGGGUGGGGAUGAUGACUGGGAGGCGCCUGGCCUCUCAUUUCCACUACCCCCUGUUUCCUCUCCACCUCUUUGUUUACACCUUGAGGCCGGUCAAGUCCACGCAGAGGUGCUGCACAGUGGCUCCCUGUCCAAACACAACAUGUCUGCUUCCACGGUGGCCUUCAUCUUCCUGCUCGGACUUUGUCACGCAUCUGACAGCGGGACCCCUGCCCAGCUCGGACCGCCGUCUCUCGGGUUCGUGUCCUCGGUCCGCUCCGUGUGCAGACCCAUCCCGUCCACCCUGGCCCUGUGCCACGGCAUCGGCUACAGGCAAAUGCGGAUCCCCAACCUGCUCGGCCACGACUCGCUCCGGGAGGCCCAGCAGCAGUCCGGGGCCUGGCUGCCCCUGGUGUCCAAGCUCUGCCACCGGGACACCAAGAAGUUCCUGUGCUCCCUGUUCGCACCCGUGUGUCUGCCGGAGCUCCGCGCGCCCGUCAGCCCCUGCAGGAGCCUGUGCGAGGCCGUGCGGGACGGCUGCGUGCCCGUGAUGAGCGCGUUCGGGUUCCCGUGGCCGGAGAUGUUUAACUGUACCCGAUUCCCGCGCGGGACUGAGCUCUGUAUCCCGGCAACCGGAGAGCACGAGACACGGACGGCGGAGGAGGUGCAGCGCGAGGAGGACUUAAAGGGGAGUGUUAUCUGUGAUGCCUGUAGUCUAGCUGCCGAAGGAGAGACUGACAUCCAGGAUAACUUCUGCCACAGUCCAUAUGCGUUUAAGCUUCGUCUGGGCAGUGUGUCGACAGUGGGAGGGGACCGUCAACUGGUCCCACUACCCCGGAGUCGAAUCCUGAGGUGGGCAGGGGGAGGUGCUGAGAGGGCAGAAGGGGUUGGAGGUGCAAUGGCCCACAGUGCUUUGUGGCUGCAGGAAGGCGGCACCUGCACUUGUCCUGGUCUGGACUCUGCAGAGACAAAUGAUGAGGAGGAAAACAUAGAUAAGGGACAAACAAAAGGAGGCAGGGUGGGAGAAGGAGCUCAGGGUGGGUGGUACCUGGCCCUGGCUCAAGCCGAAGAGGGAAGACUGGUGCUAACUCGGCUGGUGAGGUGGACCAGAGAUGACAAAGAGCUGAGGAAGUUCAUCCGAGCCCUCCUCAAACAGCCUUGUCCUGACCUGUAGACAGCUGACCGUCUGCUUUUACUGUUGUACACUGGGCAGAGUGUCACCAUACCAGUGUGACAUAUAAACACUGAAGUUUUACCAACAAUCCACGACUCCAUAAAUGACACAGGACAAACAGCGGACUUUACUGGUUUCAUGUAAAGGCAAAUAAGGAUGACAAAAGUUACUACACAUAGCUCACAAAGGCUGAUAUCACUCUGAUAUCAUCGUGGCAAUGUUUGUGUUUUUAUUAUUUUUGUAGAUUUUCUAUAGAGGAAACAGCUAAAUAUAAUCAAAAUUCUUCCGUGAAUUAAAGGGCACCAUCAAUUUUAGUUAAAGGCUUGGACAAAUCGCAUCAUUAGUCCACAUUGGCAAUGUAUUAGUAUUUUCAUGCACAUUAAGAACACUCUUUCACUUUGACUUUAUACCUUUCAGUUCACUGUUGGUUUAGUCAUUUGAUUAUCGCAAAUAUUUCUGGAGAAUAAUAGUUACAGAAAAGAAUAACUGAAGUUUAAGGAUAUACAAUAUGAACGUCACAUAGAAAUAUACAUUUAAUUAGGCCUUUGUGUUUUGUAUUUGUACUUAACACACUUAUAAUUGUACCUCACAUUGCAAAUUUAGUUUAAUUUGUCAUCAAAAUGGGCCAUUUGAUAAGAAUCUGAAUUUUUACUGUAUUUACUCCCUUUGUAUUGUUUUAUAAAUUAUCUUUUCCUUACUAUACUCACUGUGUUGGUGGUUUUCUUGACAUUUCUAGAACUCUACACCCUCUCAGAAACACACCUGUCGAUGUUAACUUCAUGUAUCAGAUGUCAGUUUC